CUGGGCCCAAUACCCAGUCUUUAAUAUAUUAAGUCUUCAAUAUAUUUCUGCAGAAUGAAUUAGAGCUCAUGACUGGAGGAGCAUAACCUUGCGGAGAAAGAGGAGAGGGGCAGGAGGGAGGAGGAGGCAGGGUCUGAAGACCUGGGAGCUUGCUGUGGGAAGAUGCCAUCCCACUGCUGCAUUCUGCCACGAGGCGGCACUGCUCUGAAGAGCCAGCCAGUCCGUUUGGGGGCUGAGGCCGACAGCCUGAGACUAAAGAGGAAACUCACCAGGAGGCAGACAUUGCCCCACGGGCCCUCCCAGCCUGGUUACUGGCCACACUCUGGCCUGAUGAGAGAGCCAAGUCUUCAGGAGGUUGCUGGCCCCAGGUCUCUCCCCAGUGACUGAUGAUGUUAAACCCUACAUUCUGUGAUUGGUUUAGACAAAAUGACAAGGGUAACUAUUGGACAUGAGCUGGUGAAACAGGAUCUAAGCUACCCUCUAGGGGCGGGACCUGGGGGACUUGGGUAGCUGGGUUGGUAGCUCCUGCCUACUGUGUGGUGUGAAGACAUGGCUCAUGGGCAGAGCCAAGGAGCUGUGCUGCUGCAGCUGCUGCAACUUCUGUGGCUGCUGCCCCACUCCGGGGCCAUCCGGGAAGUUCCUACUCCAGUGUGGCAGGAUGACCUGCAGAACCACACGUUCUUGCACACCGUGUACUGCCAGUAUGGGAAUCCCAGCAUGGGGCUCUCUGAGACCUAUGAUGAGGACCAGCUUUUCUCCUUUGACUUUUCCCGGAACACCCGAGUUCCUCGCCUGCCUGAAUUUGCCAAGUGGACUGAGGAACAGAGCGAUGCCUCUGCCAUCUUGUUUGACACAGGGUUCUGCCAGAUGAUGGUCCAGCAAAUAGGCCCACAGCUUGAUGGGAAAAUCCCAGUGUCCAGAGUGCCCCAGAACGCACUGCCCUCAGAUCUCCUGGAGAAUGUGCUGUGUGGCCUGGCCUUUGGCCUGGGUGUCCUGGGCAUCAUUGUGGGCACUGUCCUCAUCAUCUACUUCCGCAAGCCUUGCUCAGGUGACUGAUUCUUCCAGACCAGAGUUUGAUGCCAACAGCUUCAGCCAUCCAGAGGGUGCUCAGGUUUCCUACAUCCUGCUCCGGAUGUGUCCUUCUCAGAAGGGAAGAAGUCCCUGGGAUCCCCCAGGGCGUAUGUGUGUGGGUUUCCCAGCUGGGGGCUCUGCUGUCCCUGGUCUGCAUCCUGGGGAGGCCAGCGUGACCUGCCUGUCACAACCACGUCCCUUCUCACUUCAAGGCAAUAAAUCUCCUUUCUGAA